AUGAGUCGGCAGGAGGCUCUCUCGCAGGAGCGGCUUCGCGAGUGGGUUGUCCAGUGGGGCAGCCUUGGUGGCGGAGCUAGCCGUCUUCGAGCGGGCGGUGCUGGGACUACUGGUGCUACUGGAGGUAUUGGAGGUGCUGCUGCUGUGGGUGCUGCUACGGGUAGUCCUGGCUCACAUUGCCAUGAGCCUCUCUCGCCGGAGCAGCUUCACGAGUGGGCUGUCUGUUUGGGCAGUCCUGGUGGUGGCGCUGGACGUGCUGGAGCUGCAGAAUCUGGAGGUGCUGGCCCUGGAGGUGCUAGUGCUGGUGUUCCUGGAGUUGGCCGUGCUGGAGGUACUGGUACUGCAGGCACAGGUGCUGCUGGAGGUUCUGGAGGUGCUGGCCCUGGAGGUGCUAGUGCUGGUGUUCCUGGUGUUGGCCGUGCUGGAGGCACUGGUACUGGAAGCACAGGUGCUACUGGAGGUGUUGGAGGUGCUGGCCCUGUAGGUGCUAGUGCCGUUGUUCCGCGAGUUGGUGGUACUGGCGGUGCUGACACUGGAGGUGCUACUGGAGGUACUGGAGUUGGUUGUGCUAGUCGGCAGGAGUCGCUCUCGCCGCAGCAGCUUCGCGAGUCGGCUGUCCGUUGGGGCAGUCCUGGUGGUGGAGCUGGAGGUACGGGCUCCAGGGGUGCUGUUGCUACUGGAGCUGGAGGUUCUGGGGGUGCGACUACUCAGCCGCAGCAGUCUGCGCUUAGUCACCUUCUCAGUCCCCCGCCUGCUGUUACUGAGUUUCCUGUACCCGGCACUACUCCUCCGUUACUGUUUCCACCGCGUGCCCAGUCUCUGCCACAACUACUGCCUCACUCCCCACUGCCUGCUCCUGCUCCACACACUGCACUGACAGAGUCCUUCACUGAGCAUAGAGAGGAUGCGUCGCGUCCUGUCACGCCUCUUCGUUCUCGCCAUGCUGUGCGUCCUCGUCCUCCACCUGUCCCUGGCACGCACACCAUGGCACUUCGUCCUUCCUCUGUUCCACAGCGUGUUGCCCUGCCGUCGCCUCCCGCGUCUUCUCUUCCUCACGUUCCUCAUCCUGAGUCAGGCCUUGCCCGUACUGCCAGUCCGACCGUCACUUGUCUUCUUGCCACAGUUGUGACUGACCCCUCCUUUGAGUCCGCUGUUGCGUCUGCCUUAGUUGCUGAGCUUGUUGACUUUGCUGCUUUGUGCUGCCUUGACUACGCUGCGAGUCUUGUUUUUUACUCUUCCUGUCCUCCGUCCGUCGGGGGUGAGCUUGCCCUUGGCUGUGACGUCCUUGAGGACAGGCAGUUUGAGCUCGAGUGCCUAGCGGCCGCUGCACCUCAUCUCGCGUCCACGCUACUUUGCCCUGAGGGAGACCCGGAUGCACUGGACAUCCCGACCCCGCGCUCUUACGCAGACGCAAUCACAGGUCCGUACUCCUCUCAGUGGCAGACAACCAUGGACGCAGAGAUGGCUUCCUGA